GUCCGUCGAGCCGCGGCCGCGGUGGAGCGCACGAGCGAGGAGCGGGCGGAGGGCCGAUCGACGUACGCCCCCGAGUCGUACACGGAGAUGUGCAGAGACGCGUACGCGAGCGUGGCGGAUGCGUUGGCGGAUGGGAAGACGCUCAUCGAGGUGGAGUUCCCGGCGAUCCCUGGCGAAGACGCUGAUUACAAAGCCGCGAGCGACGUGUACAUCGAUGCGAACUUGCAGUACGCGUUGACGAUCGCUAAACGGUUGAACGACGAGAAAGGGAAGCGGGUGGACGUGUUGGUGCCGGAUGGGAUAGAGUAUCGACGCGCGAAGAAGAUUUUUGAACAAGCGCUCGGGUUGUCCAACGAACAGGUGAGAAUCAACGUUUUGGAUGGUAAGAAGGGAGGUAUGUUCGGUAACGCGUUCAGCGAUCUCAUGGGUGGUAAGGGUUUGCGAACGCGUCAAGAGGCUGAGAAGGAUAACGAUUUCGAGGACGCCGACGUCUUCAUCGCCGUCAACCUGAGUACGAUCGAACUCGAAAACUUGGAGAAGUUCGAGCAAAACAUCGCCAAGGGUCGCCCGAUCAUCGCCCUGAACAAUCAGCUGGACACGCUUCGCGCCGAUCUCGGUCUGUUCUCCUUUCCGGAGAAGGACCUGCACUAUCGCUUCCUGAGCCGCUUCACCCCCGCGUUCUACCUCCGCACCAGAAACUACUCUCGCAGUAUUUCGGUCUCCCCGUUCAUCGUCAACUAUUCCGGUGCGAUUUUCCGGGAGUACCCGGCGCCGUGGCAGGUGAUGAUCAAGCAAUCCAACGGCGUGUUGGCGUGCGUGGCGGAAAACGAGGAUAGAUUCACGCUCGCCGAGGCCAAGGAGGAGAUGCUCAUCGCCCUCGGAAUCAACGAUCCCGAUGACAGCCCCAUGAAAAAGCUUCGCAGUGGUUACAAGACAUCGACCUGGUGGGAGGAAGAUCAAGACGAGGAAAAAAGCGACGCGUGGAGAACGUGA